UAGUACCGACUAAUGAUUCUCACCAUCCCGCUGCUGCUCACUCACCGAAGCUCCACGUUUGUACCCUUCAAAGACCUCCUACCGGCAGCUUUUGACCGCCUCCUUCAAGUUUCCAGCCGCCGUAGCUGCUCGUCGACACGGCGUCGUUAUGUUAAAGCGCUCUGAGGGAACCUGAGAACUGGCUCGUAUUAACACCAUCUGCGGCUAAUGCAACAAACAUGUCUCCUCUGUGAGAGAACUACCGGUGCUCGUGUGUUGCGGUCAAGUUUACAGGUGUGGCAGUGAGCCCAUGGAGAAGCCUUCAUCUUCAGACAGAGCGGCGCUGGAGGAGAGAAAAGACCUGCUGGAGGAUGGUGGAGCGCUGAGAGGUGCUGAGGGUGGAGAGGUGAGCCCCAGGAAGAGCAGCUCCUCCCGCAAGAGCUUCCGGCUGGACUACCGACUGGAGGAGGAGGUGACAAAGUCCUGUCGGGACAAACAUGGCCGCUGGACGAACCCCUGGCCAACAUGGCAGUUCCCUUCCUACUCGUUGCGCCUCAGGUUCCUGCUGUGGGAUAAAAAUAACAGCAAUGUACCAACAAGUAAAGAGGCUCUGGACCAUGAGCUCCCAGUGAUGGAACCGUACUUUGUCCAGAACCCGGACCUCUCUGAGUCCGGUCCAGGCCUGAGAGUCACCUGGCUCGGCCACGCUACAGUUCUGGUUGAGAUGGACGGAGUGAAUAUUCUGACAGACCCAAUCUUCAGCCAGAGGGCUUCGCCGUUUCAGUUUAUAGGGCCCAAAAGAUUUAGAGGGCCUCCCUGCACCGUGGAACAGCUGCCCAGGAUCGAUGUAGUCGUCAUCAGUCAUUCUCAUUAUGAUCACCUGGACGUCGGGUCUGUGGCCAGCCUCAACGCACGCUUUGGAGGGGAGCUACGCUGGUUCGUGCCCCUCGGUCUGAUGGACUGGCUGGUGAAGAUGGGCUGUGAGAAUGUGAUGGAGUUGGACUGGUGGGAGGAGAACUGUGUUCCGGGUCACGACGACGUCACGUUUGUCUGCACACCUGCUCAGCACUGGAGCAAACGCACAGCGCUGGACGACAACAAGUCUUUAUGGAGCAGCUGGUCUGUUUUGGGUCCAGAUCAUCGAUUCUUCUUCGCUGGUGAUACCGGCUACUGCGCUUCCUUCCAGGAGAUAGGCCGACGCUUUGGACCGUUUGACCUCGCAGCAAUCCCCAUCGGAGCGUACCUGCCCAGGGACGUGAUGCAGGGGCAGCAUGUAGAUCCAGCGGAGGCUGUUAAGAUCCACCAGGACAUUCAGGCCAAACAGUCUGUGGCAAUACACUGGGGCACCUUUGCUCUUGCCUACGAGGUAGGUGUACACAGACACACACUUAGUGAUUGUAUGCUUUCAGUGAGGAGGUAUGAGCUGCUUUUUAGCUGAAUGUUGGAAGAGAAUCGAUAUCACUCUAGUGUUUGAUAAUUAUGAAAGUAGAUUAACCAGAUGAGUAGCUUAACCUCACAAAGAUCGGAAACGAAGUCUGAAUCUGUCCAAAGGGACCAGCUCACUAUACUGUAAAUAUAUAAAAUCAAUAUGUGGUCUUACAGAGGUCUGUAUGUCAGACUGCUGACUCUUCAAAUAGCUGGAAAACACGUUUGAAAGUUAGAAAUGACAUUUUAGGACUUGCAUAGUGUUGAUAGGCUGAAACAAACUCCACAGCUCUCCAGACAUGCUGUAUGUGACAGUCUCUUCAUAGCUGCAGCGCUCGUUUUCCAGAGUUUCUGCAACACAUUUUCAGAGUUGCAAGUCUGUCGCUCUUCAACAGUUUAUUUGAAAGCAAACAGUGGGUUCAGAGCAAAUGGCUCCAGGAUCUGUGCUCAGUCUAUUCUGGAGAUUGAGCCGACGCUGCCAGAUAUCACGUGACUCACAAGAGUGUGUCAGCAGAU